AUGUUCAUUAAUAUUAUUUCAAAAAAGCCCACCAAAAUGCCCAAUAUUAAACUGCAAAGUUCUGAUGGUGAAAUAUUUGAAGUUGAUGUGGAGAUUGCAAAGCAAUCUGUCACUAUCAAAACCAUGUUAGAAGAUCUCGGUAUGGAUGAGGAAGAUGAAGAGGCCGUUCCUCUCCCUAAUGUAAACGCUGCUAUAUUAAAAAAGGUGAUCCAAUGGUGCACAUAUCACAGGGAUGAUCCACCACCCCCUGAAGAUGAUGAGAACAAAGAAAAAAGAACUGAUGACAUUUGUUCUUGGGAUACAGAGUUCCUGAAAGUAGACCAAGGGACUUUAUUUGAACUCAUUUUGGCUGCAAACUAUCUAGACAUAAAGGGUCUGUUAGACGUGACCUGUAAAACAGUUGCCAACAUGAUUAAGGGCAAAGCUCCUGAUGAGAUUCGAAAAACAUUUAAUAUAAAGAAUGACUUCACACCAGCAGAAGAGGAGCAGGUGCGGAAGGAGAAUGAAUGGUGUGAAGAAAAAUAA